AUCUUUAACUGACAGGCAAGCAGCGGGAGCUGAGUUGUGGUGCGAAACUAGGUCAGGCGCUCGGAAAACGAAAACACUUUUGAAAAACUUGCUUCAUAGGCUUCUAGUCGGUGUUUGCUAACCCCCCGACACACCGUGCUGUCCUAUGGUCCAAUGUGUUUGAUCGGUCGGCCAGCUCGAACGCAGUUUUCUUGUGUCGGUCCCGGUUGACGCCGAGUAUUCGCCUUUUCUGAUAAACAACCGACGGAGGUGAAAGCCAGGAUGAAACGAGGUCUGCAAGGGAAUGAGCAGGAGGACGGAGGUGGCACCAGUAGUGGGUCUCAGGAGACCCUUAAACGGUCACGCAAGCAGAGGAGGGAGAAAGACUUGGAGGAGGAGGGAGCCCACUGGGAGUGUCUGCCACAGGAGAUUCUGCUCCACAUCUUCCAGUACCUGCCUCUACUGGAUAGAGCUUAUGCUUCUCAGGUGUGCCGGGGCUGGAACCAGGCUUUUCACAUGCCAGAGCUGUGGCGGUGCUUUGAGUUUGAGUUGAACCAGCCAGCCAGCUCCUAUCUGAAGGCCACACACCCAGACCUCAUUAAACAGAUAAUCAAAAGGCACUCCAACCACCUGCAGUAUGUCAGCUUCAAGGUGGACAGUAGCAGAGAGUCUGCAGAGGCAGCCUGUGAUAUCCUCUCCCAGCUUGUGAAUUGUUCUUUGAAAACAUUGGGGCUCAUCUCCACGGCCAGGCCCAGUUUCAUGGAGCUGCCCAAGUCUCACUUCAUCUCUGCUCUGACGGUGGUUUUUGUCAACUCCAAAUCCCUGUCCUCCCUGAAGAUUGACGACACACCAGUGGAUGACCCCUCCCUUAAAGUCCUGGUGGCCAAUAACAGCGACACCCUCAAACUGCUGAAAAUGAGCAGUUGCCCUCAUGUUUCACCUGCAGGGAUCCUGUGUGUGGCUGAUCAGUGCCACGGCCUGAGAGAACUGGCCCUCAACUACCAUUUGCUGAGUGAUGAACUUCUCAUCGCCCUCUCCUCAGAGAAGCACGUUCACCUUGAACACCUUCGCAUUGACGUGAUUAGUGAGAAUCCUGGCCAACAGUUCCACACCAUCAAGAAGAGCAGCUGGGACGCCAUGGUGCGCCACUCUCCCAAAUUCAAUCUAGUCAUGUACUUCUUCCUCUACGAGGACGAGUUUGGCCCUUUCUUCCGUGAUGAAAUCCCUGUUACGCAUCUGUACUUCGGCCGCUCUGUCAGUAAAGACGUGCUGGGCCGCGUUGGGCUCACCUGCCCACGUCUGGUCGAGUUGGUGGUGUGCGCCAAUGGGCUGCGGCCACUGGAUGAAGAGCUGAUCCGCAUCGCCCAACGCUGCACACAGCUGUCUGCCAUCGGUUUGGGAGAGUGUGAAGUGUCCUGCAGCGCCUUCGUGGAGUUUGUCAAGAUGUGUGGAGACAGGCUGACACAGCUAUCCAUCAUGGAGGAGGUACUGGUUCCUGAUCACCGGUAUGGUCUCGAUGAUAUCCACUGGGAGGUGUCAAAGCAUUUGGGUCGUGUCUGGUUCCCAGACAUGAUGCCUACCUGGUAGAGCCGGGCAAGAAGAUCUAUGUCGUAUCCAGGUUUUUGUUUGUUUGUUUGUGUGUGUGUGCAUGUGUGACUUGGAGAACUAUGUUUUUUUGAGACACCCCCCUUCUCUCUCUUGUUUUUGAGAAAGGCCCUUUGCCAGGCACCCUAAGUAUGUGUUAUUGUUUUUCUUCCUGAAUACGUGAAGAAAUUACUUCACUUUGAGUUUCGGUGUGAUGAAACGUGUAAAAUUGAUUCUGACCCCGUCAUGCUAUUCCAUGUGUCUAAUUUUUAUAUUUAUAUGGAUAUUUAUAUCUAAAUUUAUUUGUUUGUUGUCACUCGUAACAUAUCGCACCUUGUUCUUUCAGGAGUUUUCAGGGCUGACACUUUUCCUUGGGAAUUAACAGGAAUGUCUGGGAAUUAUUGGGAAUGAAUGGGAAAAUGUGGGGGUUGUUUUAUGUGUACAGUGUCAGUCUAUUGCAUUAUAUUCCGGCAGAUACAUAGACAUUUUGCCAUAUUAAGUGCAAAUCUGUGCAAAUAGAAAUCAGAAAUUUCAUUAAUGUAACUUGACACAGUUGCAGAUACAUUCAACAGUCAUCACCACACUGAAAGUAAAUGAGGUCAGGCAGUGUGGAAGUUCAGAAAAUGGCUAUGAUCACCAGUAUAAGCUAAUAUGUUUUGUUGAUUUUGAGUUAAGAUUGCCACAAUUCCCACCAUAUUUUUUUUUUGUUGUUGUUGUUUCUGACACUUUACAACCCAAUUAAUGACACAUGGUGACUGUACAGGAAUAAUCACACCUUAAGUGUGAAGUUUCUCAUAGACAGGGUAGUUAAUCACAUAGCACAGGAGAAUCAAUGUUGAAUUCAGCAAUUUUGCUUGGUUUUGUUCUCCAAGAGUCGUCUGGUCCUGCCUCUUAUCAUCAUGUGUCAAUUUGAUAUCCUAGGAUGUGUUUUUCAGUCACUGCAUCUCAUUUAGAAACAUAGAGCUGUCUGUUUCUCUGCCCUCUGAUUUGAUAGAGGACAAUGAACUUCGGUUUGUGAUGUGAUGAUUUACUUUGGCCAUAAUAACCUUUUUAGUCUGUAUAUACUGUGUAUAUACCAGAGUGAUGUUUGAACAUAUUUUUGUGUAAUGUACAGUGGCUAUAUUUCUACAUUGCCUGACCCAUGUUCCUAUUUUAAUUGUAAAUAUCAAAUAUUGCAAAAUGAAUGGGAGGGAGAAAUUUUAAUUGUGGACAUCACGUAUCUAUACAUUUAUCCCACUGAUGCACUUUUACUCUAAUGAAGGACCCAAUUUUAGCAAGAUGAGCUGCAAUGCCAUCAGGGCAUGAAAUUAACGGAUUUUGCAGCCAAGUGACGGUACAUUUUGGCAGUGGUCAGUAAAUCCCAAUUUCAUGAAGAACCCUUGAUAGUUAAGUAGCCUAUUUAAGGAGUUAUUUUCUCUUAGAAACACAGAAAAAAAUGGCAGGUGGAACUGACACACAAAACUUAUUCUAGGAUGUUUCUGGGACAAACCAAACCUCCCUGACUGCACAACAAUAGGCUGUUUAGGCAGUAUUUUACCCAUGAAAAACAUACUCUGCUUAGCAUUUCUAAAAUAUAUUUUGACAAAUCUUUGAAUACGUGGACAAAAUGUUUAAAGCUUACUGAUACUGUUAAAAGUUAACAUCAGCAGUAAACAACUAAUGGAAAUCACAAUUAUGAUCAGUUUACAAAUACACAUAAUAUGAGGAUUUAACUGCUAGUACAGGGCUGCACAACUAUGACCAACGUAAGUUUCUCUGGCUAUCGCAUAGAAACCAUGCCAUCUGCUGGCCCACAAGUUUUAGAACUUAAAUUGAUGGUGGUCUUUUAUAUUAAGUCCUAAAUCAUAUUUUUCUGUUGCAUCACCCAGAGACUCCAAUGCUUAUUGGGAUGUGGAGACUGUUUUAAUGUGUUUGAUAAACAUAUAAUAAUCUUGAUCACAGUGAGGUCAUUGUGUAGCCCUCAAGACAGGACAGUGUGGCAGCUGAAUGUUGAUGUUGAUGAAUGUUUGCCUGAAUGUGUAAGAUCGAAAUAUUUAUGUCUCACUGUUGUUUUUUUGCAAUAGGGUGAAAGAAUAAUAGUUGGAAGAUGUGUUAAGGUGGAUUUAUCAAGGAUGUUGUUUCCUGUGGACUUGCUGAAAGACAACACCCUUGGACUGUGCAAUGAAAGAGACCUGUAAAUCAUUAUCUACAGUUAAAAAUAGAUUAUUGUUUUACAGGGUUUAUAGUCAUCCUUUUUUGUGUAUUUUGUUUGCAAAUGUUAAUUGAAAAAAAAAAAUCCCUAUUUCACACUAAUAUUUCUUCAGUUGUUGCCCUCUAAUAGGGACCCAUUAUGUCUUAAUUUUUUGUUUUCUGUUUCUGAAAAUCAGCCUGGCAAUGGACUUUGGUCCUUUACCGACUUACAGUACAUUUUAUUGUGUAUUUAUAGAACCAUGCCAUCAGCUGGUUAAUAAUAACUGCAUUUGUAUUCUGUGCUUAUAGAUGAUUGUUGUAAUAUUCAAGGAAAGGCAGAUUAAGGGCUGCAGUUUCUUUUUUAAAUAGAUAUUUGAGUGGCAGUGUGUUGUUUGUACUUUAGUUAAACAAGGCUGCAUUGAGCUGAGGAGAUUUAUUGGAAAGCAACCUCUUGUAUUUUUCCCAAAGACAUGUAAUAUUUCAAUUAAGUUCAUAGCCACAUUAAAAAUGCCUGUUUGAAUAGGUAUUCCAUGUUUGAAUUAAAAAGACAAUAUUUGCUUU